AUGUCUCUUCGUUUGGUUUCGAUAUUCGCUACCGCUAUUCCUGCUGCUCUUGCGUGGGGUCACGAUGGUCAUGCAGUUGUUGCCCAGUUAGGCCAAGAGCGUAUCAAGAAGGAGACUCAAGAGGCUCUUGACGCUAUAAUGGGCAAAGGCGUCCCCAUGUCCAACUACUCCAGUUGGGCUGAUGAAGUCAAGUAUGGUCCUGAUGGAAACGAAUGGAAAUGGUCGUCUUCUCUUCACUACGCCGAUACUCCCGACUGCCACUUCGACUACGCCCGAGACUGCAAGAACGACUACUGUGUUGCCGGCGCUCUGAAAAACUACUCUAGACGGGUCGUUGAUGAGUCCCUCCCUUUGGAGCAGCGACAAGAAGCGCUCAAGUUCAUCGUUCAUUUUGUUGGUGAUGCUCAUCAGCCUCUGCAUAUCGGUAAGCCGGAAGACCUUGGUGGGAAUAAAAUUGCGGUCCAUCUUGGUUUCGGUGAGAAGCCUUCCACGAACCUCCACUCUACUUGGGACUCGAAGCUAAUCUAUGAACUCGAGGAUCAGAGCGACCCCAUCGAUGGUGAGCCCUCCUGGAUGAUAACGGAAGAUGCUGUGAGUGACGAGCUCGACAAGGGUGGCAAGUAUGCUGAUGAAAUCGACGAUUGGAUUGAAGACUGCGAGAAGUAUGGCCUCGAUGUGUGUGUUGACAGUUGGCUGAGUGAGAGCUCUAAGACUGCCUGUGACUACAGCUAUAGACAUGUCAAUGGUUCACUUAUUGUGGAUCAUGACUUCCUCCCUAUGGAUUACUACAACAAUCGCAUCGAAGUUGUCAAGGAGCAGCUUGCGAAGGGAGGUGUUCGUCUCACUUGGCUCUUGAACACCGUAUUCGCUGCCCAGGAUGCCACUCCUAAGCCUGUCCCUGUUGAUUGCACGAUUGCUGACGAGAAGUGUAAUUUGACCUACUCCGGUUCCUACUGCAAGUAUUGGCAGGAUAUUCCUGUUUGCUUUGGUAGCAACGUACCUUGCUCAUGCUAG